AGAAGGUCCUCUCUUUCAUCAUUCACAAAUUUUUAGCUCCCUCAAAGCUCUGAACAAAGAUAUAAACACACCCAAGUUGAAACUGGCCUUGUCCAUAUAGCUUAUUAAUUAUCAUAUCCUCAUCCUAUAUCAUCUUCAGAUUGUGGUUCUUGACUUUAUACAAAAACGGUGGCGAGAAAAAUACAGAACCAUGGGAAAAAUCUUGAAACCUAAGUCUUCUUGGCCGGGAACCGUCGUUAGGAAGUGGCUAAACUUACGAAGCAACGCUUACGAGUUUCACUCCGAUUACCCAGUCAAAGGGAAGAUGGAGCCAACUCAGCCGAGGAGAAAGAGUUGCUCCGACGGUGAUUACUACAAAAUCGUGCCGGAAAAGUUUCCAGGAUGUUUGGGCCAAGAAAAUGAGGAUUUAAAACAACAAUCAGGGUUGAUAGAACAACAUGUGACACGUGCUGGUGACAAACUUGACCUCAAAAUGUUCGUCGGGACAUGGAACGUGGGAGGGAAGUCGCCACAUGAUGGAUUAGAGUUGAAAGAUUGGCUUAAAUCUUCCACCGAUGCUGAUAUUUACGUGCUAGGGUUUCAAGAAAUCGUGCCGCUAAAUGCCGGUAACGUUCUUGGAGCAGAGAACAACGGCCCCGCGACCAAGUGGCUGUCUCUGAUUCGAGAAGCCUUGAACAACAACGACUUAUCACAAAAUGACCUCGAACUUUCUAAAAAUCACAGAACCUCCUUCGAACUUACAAAAUCAUCACAACCUUCCCGUCGCAGCGUCUCUAAUUUCCCCGAUGAUGACCCCGUUGCAUGCAAUUCGACCCUUGAUCGAGGUUACUCCCUUGCAGCGAGUAAACAGAUGGUAGGGAUAUUUUUGUGUGUGUGGGUAAGAGAUGAUCUCCAGAAACGUAUUACAAACCUCAAGGUGUCAAGCGUUGGUCGUGGCAUCAUGGGAUAUCUUGGAAACAAGGGCUCGAUAUCGAUUAGCAUGUCGUUGCAUGAGACGAGUCUAUGCUUUGUUUGCACGCAUCUUACGUCUGGAGAAAAAGAAGGCGACGAGUUAAGAAGAAAUUUAGAUGUGACCGAGAUAUUAAAGAGGACAAGGUUCUCGCGUUCUUCUAAAGAUUCUCAUCAACCCGAAUCGAUAAUGGAUCAUGAUAAAGUAAUAUGGCUUGGAGAUUUGAAUUAUCGGUUAAGGGCCAGCAGCGACGUACAUGACCACCUUAAGAAUCAUGAUUGGGAGGCACUUCUAGAGAAAGAUCAGCUGAAGAUAGAACAACGAGCUGGUAGAGUUUUUCAGGGAUGGGAAGAAGGAAAGAUUUAUUUCGCACCAACAUAUAAAUAUCAUAGAAACUCAGAUAAUUAUGUCGCCCAAACCGAAAAAUCAAAAGAAAAGCGCAGAACACCAGCUUGGUGUGAUCGAAUAUUGUGGAAAGGUGACGGGAUGAAACAAAUAUGGUACACGAGGGGAGAGUCGAGAUUCUCUGACCAUAGACCGGUUCAAUCUCUAUUUUCGGUUCAUAUUGAUUCAACUCCGAAUCAGUCAAACCGGAAAACUAAACCGGAUAAUCAAAACAAUCGUCCCAACGUGGGUUUGCCUUAUACAUGCCAUGGGAAAGUCCAGGCUGAAGAGAUCUUGUUGCUCACACGAGUACAAAGUUGUAUAGACACACAACCUAGACUUAUAUCGUCUGCUUCCUGAUUUAUUAGUUGCUUUUUGGAUGUUUUCAUGUUGGCAAAGAAGAGAUGACACAUGAAUUCCUAGAGGGUUGGACAAUGAAGCUUUCAUAUUGGCAAAAGCAAGAUUGUUAGGUUAUUUUUAAUAUUGGGUUAACUUGUUUUCUUUGUUCCCUCUAUUAGCUAAAUUUUGGAAGAAAGAGUAUAGUUUUUUUGGUUUACUAUUGUGGAGUUUGAUUUGUUGACUUUGUUUAUAAUGUAAAAGCAAAACCUUAUUGUCUAU